UGCAGGAGGCGAUAGUGUAUAUACACUGUUGUUGCCUCCACACAGAAGAAGCGAACACAAACAACAUGGCAACGUACGGGAAACUGUUAACUGCUAGUUUAAGAUACGCAUCUGCACGGUGUGCCAACGCUCGUGUCCUGGUGAAUGUUCCACUGGCACGACAAAGACUGGCAAAACUUGCUUCAAGUAUGAAGAGAAACUGGAUUUCUCUGAGUGUGGCAGGCGCCAUUUGUGCUGUUCCUGUUGCUCAGGUGGAUAUUUCUCACGAAGCCCUGAUAAAAAGGGCAUCGUCUCUGGUUACAGACAGUGCCAACACCUACCUUUCGCAGACAACAUUAGCGCUUGUGGAUUCUCUCACACAGUAUGCCAAGGCCGUCCGCAUUUUGGUGGCUCUUCAGAGGCGCUACGAGGCCUCAGCCAGAAAACUCAACUCUGCCGACGAGGAAGCGGUGUGGCAGGUCAUUGUUCAGAAGCGCGAAGAGGUGAGCAGUCGCAGGGAGGACUGCAAACGCUACGAGUCCAGCUGGAUGACCGCCACAAACCUGUCUGAUCUGGCGGUUGAGGCGGCUUACAACGCAGGAGCAGACCAGGCCUCUGUGACUGCCCAAACUUCACUGGACUUGGCCCAGUCUCAGGUGGAGCAGGUGCGCAAGCUUUUGCUGGAGGCAGAAAAAGACCUCCAGGAGUCCAGAGCUGAGGACAGUCAGAGGAUUGAGACCUCUGCAGUCCUGCCGGAGGGAGACGAAGAGGAGGAGAUCCCAGAGGCCUACCUGCGAGAGGACUGAGAGACUUGGUGCACUUUAAGAGUGUGGACAUAUUGUGGGUCCUCGUGGAACCUGAGGUAGCCUUGGUUCUUUACACACACACACACACCGAUGAUGGCAGAGGGGUGUGUCAUGUUGGUUAGGGCUCCUGCUUGAAUGACUCUGAUUUUGGGAGUGUGAGUCCAGAAAAUACUAUAAUGACAACAGAAAGGUUAAUCAAAAGCAGGUGUUUGAUAAAGUUUUAAAUCAGGACUAUAAUGUUAAUUAGGGGGCACUCUGUUGAAUGCCAUGGCUGCACAGUAGAUUUGACAAUCUUCCAUCCUGGUGCAAUUUCCAAUCAGAACAUCACACCUUUCGAUUGAUCAUUUUUUUUUACCUUUAAAGUUAUGACUCGGAGGGUCGCGUGUUAAAGGCAUCACCACUGUAAAUAUGUCUCUGAACAGGAGGGUUAAAUGAAUCAAGCACUGAUAAGAGUAAACCUUUAUUUCUAUUAAUCAUGUGUGCCUUGCUUCACACAUUUGUACAUUUUAACAUGGAAUAGGUUGAAUAAAAGUGGUUGAAAAUUGCACAGGAUCUUAUUUAGCCGUUGUAGGUGUGUUGUGGCAUUUUUAAAAAAAAAAAAUUUUCAUUUAAAUGUAGUCCUGUAGUAAAUCUUAAUGCAACAGUGUUUUGUACAAUGUCCAUAACCACUAUUUUAAUUCACACUGACCAAUGGAAAUGUGUCCCUAUUAAAGAAAAGCUUGAGAGAGUAAUAUUCUUAGAAGAAUAUGGGAUGUGUCUUUACGCUCGGAGGAUUUGAUGAGGUGGACGAUUUGAUGGGUGGCUUGACAUGUAUGAAGUGACACUAAUCUUUUAUGGUAUUUUCACAUUUGAAAAAUUUAGCACUAAAGCCCUUAUGAAGGUAUUGUAAUCUCUACAUUAGAAGUAGAGGAUGUCUGACUUUAACCCCCUUUUUUUAACCCCCCACUUUGUAUAACAAAUUUGCCUUUUUCAAAAUGGCAUAGUUUGUGCAUACCCAUAAAGAACAGUAGGUGGCGCCAAAAGUCAAAUUAAAAUAAUACAAGUUUGCAUAGAAGUUUAUUUGAAAAGAGUUGCUCAGUGGCCAUGCUCAGUGGCUCAGUUUCAUUUUUAAAUCUCAGUAUAACUCUAUCAUGGUAAGUUAGUUGAUCAUGUGACAUACUCACAAACAUAUGGUACAGAAUUUGAGUGCUACUGAUAUUCUUUCUCAAAUGAGAAAGUCAGUGUUAGAUGCUCUAAAUAUACAUAUGAAAUGUAUAAAAUGUUUUUUGAGAAGGAA